GAAAUUCUACUAACUGAACAUGGUUGUAGCAAAUGCGUAUUGUUUUAACACACGCAAGCAACAACCGAUAAAUAUGACUGUCAAGUCGAAACGGGAUUGGGAUAUAAACGACGCUAUUGUACCGCAAGUAUCUGAAAGUGACUUCGAUGAAUUUAGCGAUUGGGCGGACGGCCACGUGCGACUGAUAUACCCCAUUAAUCAUGAAGAGGCCAAAAAACAUAUAUCAGGUUGGGCGAUGCGAAAUACUAAUAAUCAUAAUGUUAACAUAUUAAAGAAAAGCUGUCUCGGAGUAUUAGUUUGUUCGCAAAAUUGCACGCUACCGAAUGGUAACAAAAUCAACUUGCGUCCGGCCAUUUGUGAUAAGGCAAGGCGAAAACAGGAAGGUAAAGCUUGUCCCAAUAAGACUUGCCGUGGCGGACGUUUAGAAAUUAAGCCCUGCAGAGGACACUGCGGCUACCCGGUUACGCACUUUUGGAGGCAUUCAACUAAUGCAAUAUUCUUUCAAGCCAAGGGCGUCCACGAUCAUCCCAGACCGGAGCCUAAAAAUUCGAGCGUAUCGAAAAGGGCUUUUGGGCGAGUACCCCUAAUGGGUCAUCGCAAUCCAUCAACAUUAAGGGGAGCAAAUAGACGACAUAACGCAAGCUUAGGGCUUGGUGGCAGCAUAAAGCCAAUGAAAAACAAUAAUUUUAUCAAUAAAGUACUUAAGCGUACAAGUAAAUCCAAUCAAAAUUCUCAGGGUGUUUUGGGAAUUUGUAAACAUAAUGCUUGUGAUAAAUGCCCUACAAGAGCCGCCUGCACUUGUUUUCUAGAACCUUCAACCAGUAAUCCAAACGUGUUAAGUUACCAAUCAGCCACAAAUCAUUAUGGAUCAUUAGGUUCGCAUGCGAAUUUCCCGCACAAUCAUACUUCAAGCAUUUUGUAUAAUGUUGGAGAAAGUGAAGGGCACACCUGUGAGCCAACCACAGUGUUUACCGUAAAUCAUCAGCAUAUCACGUACAAUUAUCCAAUUUAUCAUACACCGGCAGUGACACAUUUUUCAAUAACAUCUUCGCCGAAAUCUUCCGUAGAACAAUAUACCUGUCCAACAACAUUCGAGUUAAAUCAUAAUAUACCACAUUCCACAACGAAUGCGACUCAUCAUCACACAAACUAUAUGAAUUCGUCCGCUUUCUAUUACAAUACUAACUAUGAAACGUCGACCGACGAUCAUAAUACUCUUCCUAAUGGAACGCAUAGCGGUAAUAUGUCAGCUAUGCGAACGAGCAACCAACAUCACGUGGCGAGCAAUGAACCAGAAUUUAUAAAUUAUUCACAAAUCAAACAACAUAUUCCCCAGUUGAGUGAACAAACGGAUGAUGCAAAACAGCAAUACAAACACAACAAUCAUGGUGAAGUAUUUAUGAAUGGAACGACAUUUUUAGAUGAGAAUCGUAUUGUUUCGAAUAGUUAUGAUAACUGCUAUAGUUUGACAUCGCGUCAAAGCAAAGAGGAAAAGCCUGCUUUCAAGUACAUUGAUUCGGAAACCGAACGAGCCGGCUACGAUUAUCUACCGUUACAAUCAUACCAAAGUAGCGAUUUCUUAGAAGAAUCAACAAAUAAUAAUUAUUCGGGGCCAAAUUAUUAUGACGCAGGCGGAACUCCUUUACAAACAUCUCAACAAUAUGAACACAGUGCAAGCGGUUCCAUAUCGGAUAACAGCAGUUCGGUGACAUGUUUUCCCCAAUAUGGUUACGAUCAAGCGAAUACUCAUAAUUCGGCUUGUGAAUUGUCUUCUUCUUAUUACACUUACGCGCAUUAA